CGGCUGUAUUGCUGUUAUUUCAGCUUUCCAGGUGUCACUGUAUCAUCACAUUAAUCACCGUCUCUCAUACAAAGCUUCUCAGACAUCAUAAGACACUUAAACACAGCUUUUAUCAAGUGGCACCUCUGACCCUCUUUGCCUGGUAUUAUUGUUAUGGUAUUAUCCAAUAAUCCUCCUCUUAAAAUCAUACAGCAUGUUUGUCCAGCACAAUGCAACCAAAGCAGUAUACAGCUUAUUUAAACUAGAGAUGAACCAGUGAUCUCAGUAUUUAUCAGAUACAUUCAGGAAACCCUCAGGAAUUAUUACUGUUUUGACGUCUUGCUUUCUGUGCAUGUCAUAUUGCAGGAGCCAUAACUCAGCUGUUACCUGUGAUGGGAUUUGCCACGCUAAAAUGACAAGUGGCUGGAUUUACAAGUUAAGAAAGCUGAGAGGCUUUAUGACUCUUGCGUCACAGUUAUUAGUGCCCCCUGGGAUCCCCUUACCCACUAAGCCACUACCUUCUGUUGCUGUGGAGAAGGUUGGAGCUGCUGCUUUGGUCCUGUGUCCACAGAGGAGUUUGGGAAAUGUCUCAGUAAGAUCUACUCUGCCACAUCUUCUGUAGGCAACCUUUACUGCUCUGUUCUCUCCUCCACCCAGCUGCACCCAUCUGAGAGGAGCAUUUUUGUGCAGCUAGAGAAGGGAUUGGUUAUCCGAGCUUGGACAACAUGGCAGACAAGGACACUGUAGAGAAGUUCCUUGACAACAACCCACAGUUUGCCAAGGAGUACUAUGACAAGAAAGUCAAGGCAGAUGUGAUCACUGCUGCCUUCAACAACCAGGUCCAGGUCAAAGAUCCGGCUUCCUACAAGGAGGUCUCCACCAUCCAGGAGGCAGAGUUCAUAUUUGAGAUCAUAAAGGAGUUGCAGAGCAGCAACCAAAUGGAAAAAGUCCUGCAUAAAAUUCUCCAGAGGAUUGCUCUGCUGAUUCAGGCUGAUCGCUGUAGCUACUUUGGCUUCAGGGCUCGUAAUGGAACCCCCGAGCUGUCCACGAUCCUCUUCGACGUGACGCACAAUUCUCCCUUCGAUAAAAAUAUAGUGAACCCCAAUGUAGAGAUUGUGUUUCCCACCGACAUGGGAAUUGUUGGAUGGACGGCUCAUUCCAAGAAGCCUCAGAAUGUUGCUGAUGUUAAGAAGGACUCUCACUUCAGUGACUUUGUGGAUAAGCAAACCAAAUACACCACCAAAUGCAUGGUUACUGCUCCCCUCAUGAAUGGGAAGGAACCAAUCGGUGUCAUCAUGGCGCUCAACAAACAAGGUGCUGAUCAAUUCUCAAAGAGUGAUCAGGAGCUCUUCAAUAAAUAUGUGAACUUUGCUAAUGUGGUCACUCUUCAAGCUCACACUGCUUACAUGUGGGAUGUAGAGUCCAGGAGAAGCCAGGUGUUGCUGUGGUCAGCCAGCAAAGUUUUUGAGGAGUUGACGGAUAUCGAGAGGCAGUUUCACAAAGCCUUGUACACAGUGAGGACAUAUAUCAAGUGUGAGAGAUACUCUGUGGGACUGCUUGACAUGACCAAAGAAAAGGAAUUCUUUGAUGAGUGGGCAAUCAAACUAGGAGAUCAGGAGCCAUACAAAGGUCCUAAGACGCCCGACGGCAGAGAAAUCAGCUUCUACAAGAUUAUUGACUACUUACUGGAAGACAAAGAAGAGAUUAAAGUUAUCCCCGGUCCUCCUGCCGAUCACUGGGCUCUGGUCAGCGGACUCCCCUCAUAUGUGGCUGAGAAUGGAUUUAUCUGCAACAUGAUGAAUGCUGCAGGAGAUGAGUACUUCACAUUUCAGAAAGAAGGGGUGGAUGAGACUGGGUGGAUGAUUAAGAAUGUUCUCUCCCUCCCUAUCGUCAACAAAAAGGAAGAAAUUGUUGGUGUUGCCACUUUCUUCAACAGAAAAGAUGGCAAACCCUUCGACGAGAACGAUGAACAGAUUACAGAAGCUCUAACACAGUUCCUUGGCUGGUCCACCCUGAAUAGCGACACAUAUGACAAACUGAACAGGACAGAGUGGAGGAAAGAGGUUGCCCAGGAAAUGCUCAUGUACCAGACGAAGGCCACACUGACUGAUGUGCAGACCAUCCUGAACACCCAAGAAAAGUUUGGCUCUGCACCAGAGGACUGUGACCAGAAGGAGAUGUACAAACUGCUGAAAGCCAGCAUCCCCGAUGCCAAGACUGUGGAGCUGCACGAGUUCCGCUUCAGUGACUUCCCAUUGUCAGAGUUUGAACUCAUCAAGUGUGGCAUCCGCUGCUUCUUUGAGCUGGGUGUGGUAGAGAAGUUCAAAGUCCCUGCUGAGAUCCUGACACGGUGGAUGUACACGGUUCGCAGGGGAUACCGUGACAUCACCUACCACAACUGGAGGCACGGCUUUAAUGUUGGACAAACCAUGUUCACUCUGCUGCUGACAGGAAAACUGAAGAAGUAUUACUCUGAUCUCGAGGCCUUUGCUAUGGUUGCUGCAGGAUUCUGCCACGAUAUUGACCACAGAGGAACCAACAAUCUCUACCAGACAAAGAGUUUAUCCCCGCUGGCAAAACUCCACAGUUCCUCAAUUAUGGAGCGACAUCACCUUGAGUACAGUAAGACGCUGAUGGAGGAUGAGAAUCUGAAUAUCUUCCAAAACCUUCAGAAGCGUCAGUUUGAGACGGUGCAACAUCUGUUUGAAGUCUGCAUAAUUGCCACUGAUCUCGCCCUCUACUUCAAGAAGAGAACAAUGUUCCAAAAAAUUGUGGAAAGUGUGGAGGGAAUUCCAGAUGAGAAGGAGAAGAUCAACUAUGUCUCCAACAAUGCAACCAGGAAGGAAAUUAUCAUGGCAAUGAUGAUGACAGCUUGUGAUCUGUCAGCCAUUACAAAGCCUUGGGAGAUUCAAAGCAAGGUUGCUCUGAUGGUGGCGGCAGAAUUUUGGGAGCAGGGAGACCUUGAGAGGACAGUCCUUGAGCAGCAGCCUAUUCCAAUGAUGGACAGAAAUCAUGCAGAUGAGCUGCCUAAGAUGCAGUGUGGUUUUAUCGACUUUGUCUGUUCUUUUGUGUACAAGGAGUUUGCUCGUUUCCACACAGAGAUCACCCCCAUGUUUGAGGGGCUGACUACCAACAGGGGAGAGUGGAAGGCCCUGGCAGAUGUCCACGAGGCUAAGAUGAAGGCGAUCGAAGACGAGAAGAAAAAGUUGGAAGGUGGUGGAGAACCACAAGAUGGUGGGAAGUCAAAGACAUGUGUCAUCUGCUAGACCUCCAAGACCGUCGAAGCAAUUACAGAUGUUUGUCUGGAUGUGUAUUUAUACAGUGUGAGUAUGUGCAUGAGCAUGUGGUCACAGAUGAAAGAAAUGUAAUGUGCAAAGAUCACUAAAUGAUUAUUUUUAAAGGUUACAACUGCAUUAAUUUAAUUUUAUUCUUGUAUAUAUUAAAAAAAAUAUUCAAGUCAUUUAAAGAGAACAUAUUUGUAUUUUAUUAUAAAUAUUUAUACUGAAUAUGAUAUAUGCAUAUUUAGCUCACUUUCUUCAGCUUUGGACAUGAUGUGAAUAGAAAUAUUAGACUGUAUAUAUGAUGCAGUUCGAGCUCGAGUAUUUAUGGAAUAUAAAUACUAGAAUAAGAUGCACUUAUUUUGAUGAGAAUAAGCUUAAUAAACAAAAUUACUAGUUGC